AUGGAAUCAGUACGUAAGGCUAAACAACGUUUACGCAACUAUCCCAUACUAUUAGGAAAAUGUGCCGAAACGGCUACGAUUUAUGCAGCCUGUGUUAGUCGUGAUUUGAAUGUACAACAUAAAACCUGUGACAAAGAGUUCCAGCUAUUUAAGGAAUGUCUACAAAAGGCAGCAAAUGAAAUGAAAACAAAAUUAUAAAGCAAUAGAUAGAAGAAAUUGCAAUAAAAAAACAAACAAACUUAAGAAAUUUUAAAAUAAUAA